AUAAUGAUUGUUGAUAGUGACUAUUUCGCUGAAUCAUGUUCAAUCAUGGCACAGAGAAAUUAUAAUUUUCCUUGUUCCAUGCUCGUUUUGUUUACAUGAAUAUGAGAGUGCACUCGGUGAAUCAUCCGCACGCCCAAACUCAUUUUCUAACUGUAUCGUUUAAAAAUUUUGUCGUUGUAUUAUUGCUGGAGUUAUAACAUCUAACUUAUGCUUACCGGUUGGUUGUUUCGGUUUUCGUCCACUGAUCAUUUAUUGUUUUGGUUUUUCUAGUGUUUACUCCCAUACUACUCCUCGUCCCAACGUCCUGCUGCGGAAUUUGGAGUUGAUCGAUUACACGCGUUUUUCCGCCGCCAUUGCGAGUGCACUGCCUUUGGGAAAAAGCGGACCGUGCACGAUUCUUUUCUAGCAUUCGGCUACUCAUUUGGUGAUGAUUGGCCGUACCAGCUUAAAGUUUACAUUAGUCAAGACGUAAAUAUUGUACCAAGUAAUAAUGAAUCGAACAUCAACAAAAAAUAAUUGUUUGCAUAAUUGUGAUAAAUGCAAUAAAUCAUAUAAGAGAUUAUAUCAUUUAAAUGUACAUUAUACAGCAGUGCAUGGUAUUAUUAUUGAAAAAACUCAAAAUAAUGCUCCAAAACAAAAAAUAAAACGUAAGAAAAGAAAAGCUACUAAGAAAUAUUGCAUAAUUUGUUGUAGGACUUACAGCUCUAUACCUAGUUACAAAUAUCAUAUGAAAAAGUACCAUGACGGCGUUGAUAUUAAUGAACAAUUAAUAAAAGGGCAAGAACCAUUUACAUGGUAUAAAACUAAAACGACUGAUCAUGAUCAAUCUGAUGAUAAUUUAAGACAUCAAGAUAAAGAAAUAUCACAAGAAUUAAAAGAUAAUAAAAUUAUAUGUAAUCUAUGUAAUUCUAGGUUUCCAAAUAAAAGUCAAUAUAAAGAACAUCAAAAAAUACAUUUAAAAACUGAUACAUCUGAUUCGAGUGAAGUAUCAUUUAUGAGACUUGAAAUGAAAAAUAAUGGAAGUGAUACAAAUCCUAAAAUCUCUUAUGACAUUGUUUGUGAAUUGACAUGUAAUUUUUGUCUGUCUAAAUUUAAAUCAGUAUCAAAGCAUGAAGAACAUGAAAGAAUAUGUGCAGUUAAUAUGGCUAAAAAUGUUGAAUCCCAUAGACUCUGUCAAUCUAAGUUAACUAAUGUAGACGAAAUGAAAGCAGUUGAAUUGACUAAAGAUAUUUACAUUUUAUCAAAAGAUACUGGAAAGCGUACCGAAGCCCAUAUGAAAGCAUUAUUUGAAUUUCAAAUAAAUCAAAGAAAAAUUGAUUGUGAAAUUUGUGGAAAAGGUUGUGACCAACUUCAGCACUUGGAAUAUUAUCAGUGGUGGAACCCCAGUUGAACUAAGUUAAUUGUAGACCACAAUUGCUAUGAGCAGAAAAAGAUUUAUGAGACUAUUGAACUUACUAAAAUCCAAAAUAGUUGAAGUUUUGCUUUUAUGUAUAAUAUUAAUCAAGUUAAUGAUUUGUACAUCUUAUAGCAUAUUUAUAUGAUAUUUUUAAAGGUUUACAAUUAUAGAAAUAUAUUAAAUAUGUAUCCCAAGCAGAUAAAUCAGGUGAUUGUCUAAAAGAAUGAAGAUGGAUAGUAAUCAUUUGUGGAAAAACCUUGUAUUAUAUGUUAUUAACUAUUAAGAAAUCCCAAACUAGCUAAGAUCACUAUAUUUAGUUGAUAAGAUGAUGUGUUAUACCCACAUAUGUUGUCCGUUUUACAACAAACAAAAUAGAAAAUCUAUGUUCAGUAAAACCCAAUUGUGAACUUUAAUGGAGUAAACUGACCUAGAUUAAAUUUAUCGGUAGAACA